AUGGCGUCGCCUCUGGGCAGCGGCAGCUCCGUGUGUCGCCGUAGCUCUAGCGACAGUGCAGCCAGCAGCGCCUCGUCGCCCUCCGGCAGCCACUUUGCCAUUGUGGACAAGAAACGUAAGCUCGCGACGGUUGACGCACACCAGGCUGCGCUGGAGGCUACACGCAAGCGCCGCAGUAUUCUUAACGACGACAUGGACGAUGAAGACAUGGAGGAUGCAGCCUGGGCCGUACGCGCACCCAGCAAGCAGAUGAGCAUCGCCAACCUCAUCAGUUCACCGCCCACGCCCACCACCAGCGACGACAGCUUCUGGGCAGCCACCUCGGCGUUAGCAGACGUGACCAUCAAGCCCGAGAAGGUUGUAUUGGACGUGGAGAUGCCGCAGGAAACUCACAAGCCGCCAACCUCGUCCUCGAACAUUCCGGCAGCGUUCCUGACCACGCAAGCUUUUGCAAGCCCGAGGGACUUUUUUGUCGCGCCCGAGGUCGCUGCUACAAGUCCCCGCACAGGCACAGGAACGACCAAUGCAGCAACGGAGAAGACUCAUGUGGUCUGCACGUUGUGCCAAGUGACUAUGGGCAACAGGGUCUACAGUCUCAAGAGACACUUAUUUCGCCACCACCCACAAGUUUUCCGGGUCGACAGUCCCAUAACAAAAAAGAAAAUACAGUCACCGCCGUUUAUGAAGAACCAGGUCAUGAAGAAUGACCCGGAGAUUGCACGUUGGAGAGCAAACGACCAGCAGGUGGUGCAUCUCAAGGACUAUGGCGGGCCUAUGAAGCGCUACAAGAUGACGGAUAAUGUGGACAAUAAUCCCGUGGAAUCCAAGCUUAAUGCUGCGUUUGUGGGCUGGCUGCGCUCGGACGUGAUCCCAAUGAAGGCUCUGCAAAGUGAGCUGUUCCGGAAGUUCCUGAAACUUGUGAACCCAAAGUUCGAAAUUCCACAAGUUGUCGUGCAACCCCGACGGCUGCACACGCUCUCAAAUCUUGGGAAAGGGGAGGACUUGACAGCCAGUCGUUCCAUUAAAAUGACUGCCAUUGAGUGUGCAACUGAGCCGCGCUACAUGAAGGGUCUCUGUCUUCAAGGCAACGGGCUAGCGCCGCAGUUGGUCACAGACCUCCUUGUCCCAACUCCAGCGCCCCAUGAAGCUCUGGUUGAGGUGUUACGAGCAGGUAUUUGCGGGACUGAUCUACAGAUGAUCGAUAAUUACAAACCAGGCUUCAAAGGUGCGCUAGGUCACGAGUUUGUGGGCAUUGUGCGGAAACUCGGCGAGCAGUUCGCUAACGACGAGCAGACGCAACGGAUGUGGCUCGGCAAGCGCGUCGUUGGGGAGAUCAACAUUCCCUGUGACGCGUCCAACUGUGCAACUUGUGCACGUUGCAGUCUUAACCGUAAUCACAGUGGCGACACUUUGUCUCGAGAAGAAAUCUUACGUCGCAACCAUUGCCCGAACAGAUCUUGUCUUGGCAUCGUGAGGAAAGAUGGCGCCUUCGCUGAGUACAUUACGUUGCCUCUUGCGAACUUAUAUGAGGUACCCGACGGAAUUAUGGACUCACACGCUGUCUUCGCCGAGCCUCUUGCAGCUGCUUGUCGAAUCCUGGAGCAACAGGUGAUUCAGCCAACCGACAACGUCGUGGUGCUUGGAGAUGGCAAACUCGGUCUGAUGGUGGCAGAGGUGUUGCAUGCAACUGGAGUUGCAAAGACCAUCACUCUCGUGGGAAAGCACCGCGAAAAAAUGGCAUUGGCGAAACAUUUUGUCAACACAGUCUACACUUUGAACAGUGGCGAAGAGACGGAAAUGGCAACAUUGGCAAAUCGCAUGGCCAAUGAGAUGGCUCCGUUCGAUGUGUGUGUCGAGAGCACAGGAACCCCCGGUGGCAUCGCGUUGGCACUGAGACUAGUGCGCGAACGCGGCACUGUGGUUAUGAAGUCGACAUGCUCGGCGAAGCGAUCGACGGUGGACGUGCGGCAAGUGCAGCGCAAGCGACUACGAGUGGUGGGAUCCCGUUGUGGCCCCAUUCCCUGGGCGCUGCGACUACUACGGGACCGCAAGAUCGACGUGCAAAAGUAUAUUCAUGGCGUGUACCCGCUGGAGCGAGCCAAGGCAGCAUUGGCUCACGCAGCACAGCGAGGCACCCUCAAAAUCCAACUCGUGAUUAGGUGA